AUGUUCGCUGCUUUACCAUGGCUUCCUAUAGCCCUCGCUGCCUCUUCUCGCCUCGUCCAAGCUCAGCAAGCCGGCUCAAUAGUCCAAGUCGGAAACACCCUCGUCAGCGCUAUGAUGAUGUUCCUUGGUAACGAGGAAAAAGUAUACAUACUCGACAAAACGGAGGGAAACGCCGCCCAAAUCAACGGUCACCCUGCAUGGGGCGCUGCUUGGGACAUCAACUCGCAUACAGCCACCGCUAUGGAAGUUUACACAAAUACCUUCUGUGCUUCUGGCAUGCACCUACCAAACGGUUCAUAUGUCACUUUCGGCGGUAACGGUGCCAUUGGACCAGGUGGCGCUAUUGGCAGCGUCCUGAACAGCGCAGGUUCAGGAGCUUACGACGCAACUUAUGACGAUUACGACGGUACCAAAUCCAUCCGUAUCCUCAACCCGUGCACAAAUGCGGACGACUUCGCAAGUGCGCAGUGCCAGUGGUUCGAUAAUGCCACAGUAUUGUCGAUGCAGAAACAACGAUGGUACUCAGCUGCAGAGGCUCUUGGCGAUGGAAGCAUUGCUAUUAUCGGUGGAUUUGUAAAUGGCGGAUAUAUCAACCGCAACACACCUAAUGUCGACCCGGAGUACGAGGGUGGAGCUGCCGAACCUACGUACGAAUUCUACCCGAGCAAAGGCCCCGCAACAGUCAUGCAGUUCAUGAUCACGACUUCGGGUCUCAACUCCUAUGCCCACACUUACCUCAUGCCUGACGGGAAAAUGCUUGUCCAAGCCAAUAUCUCGACCAUGCUUUGGGAUCCGGAUACCAACACUGAGACCGCUCUUCCCGGAAUGCCCGGCAACGUGGCACGGGUCUAUCCCGCUUCUGGUGCUGUCGCUAUGCUUCCUCUCACCCCAGCUAACAACUACACGCCUACCGUUAUUUUCUGCGGUGGUUCCGACAUGCCAGAUGAAGAUUGGGGUAACUACUCUUACCCCGCUAUCAACACCUGGGAAUAUCCGGCAUCAGCAGACUGCCAGCGUUUGACCCCGGAACCUCAGGAUGGAUCCGCGCCUGUCUACGAGCAGGACGAUGACAUGCUGGAGGGUCGUACUAUGGGUCAAUUCAUCAGUCUUCCAGAUGGAACUCUUCUGGUCGUCAACGGAGGUCUUAAUGGAACCGCUGGGUACGCUCAAGCUACUGGUCAAACCGCGAACUUCUACCAGAUGGGUUUUGGUGAAUCACUCGCUUCUGGACCUGUUGGUACCCCUGCUAUCUACAACCCUAACGCUGCCAAGGGUUCGCGGUGGUCCAACGCUGGUCUUAGUAAUUCUCCUCUCGCGCGCUUGUACCACUCUUCCGCAAUGCUUCUCCCCGACGCUAGUGUCAUGAUCGCAGGGUCGAAUCCCAACAUCGAUGUCAACACGAGCACGAUCUACCCUACAACAUAUACUGCCGAAAUAUUUUACCCGCCUUACUUUUCUGCAAGCGUUCGUCCAGUUCCAACGGGCAUUCCCAAAACCGUGACGUAUGGUGGCCAAUACUUUAACAUCACUGUACCAGCAAGCUCGUAUAGUGGUUCUGCUAACGCAGCUGCAGCGAACACCACUGUUGUCCUUUCCCGUGGUGGUUUCACGACUCACGCUAUGAACAUGGGUCAGCGCCACCUCCAGCUCAAUAGUACCUACACCGUCAACUCCGAUGGCUCUUAUGUCCUUCAUGUUUCUCAAGCUCCUCCCAAUUCAAACAUCUUCACCCCAGGUCCUGCUCUCAUGUUCGUUGUCGUCUCUGGUAUCCCAAGUAACGGUACAAUGGUCACCGUUGGUAGUGGCCAAGUCGGGACCCAACCUACUUCGGCUGCUGUUGAACUUCCAGUAAGCCAAAGCUCAAGUUCCGCUAGCGGAACGGGCGGCACCACAAAGACUGGGGGCGCUAGCAAGCUGAGCACGGGAGCUCUAGUAGGUGCUAUUGUGGGAGGUGUGGCAGGGGUUGCAGUACUCGGUGCGCUCUUUGGUAUUUUUGUUGCCCGGCGUCGCCGUGCGCACCCACAUCCGUAUGUCCAGACGCAUGAUGUUGCCGGCGCAAAGCCAGGAUCUGCGUACCCGAUGAGCGGGUUGGGUGCGGGUGCGGCGGCGUUUGGGGGUCAGGGGAACAGGAAUUCUGACUCGAGUGCUUUCGUUCCUCUGCAGCAGGAUUUUAAUACGAGUAGAGCGAGUUUGGUGUCGCCAUAUCGAGACAAUUUCGCGAAUGGAGAUGGGAUGAUGACACCGAGAGGUAGUGAUGUAGGAACGCCGCAGAUGGGCGAUGUAGGACGGGGUUAUGAUUCGUAUUAUGGGCCGCCUCCACGGCAGCCUGGGUACUAG